AUGAAUAUUCUUAGAAACAGCUGGACGCUUAGCCGGAAGGCUCAGCUGAGCAUCCCUUCCCCCCCGUCUCAACUUUCAAAACUAAUGGAUUUUAAAAUGUCUUCUGGGGUGGAAGUAGACCAAGCUGUCAUGGAUGCUUUUAAUGACAUCAAGCUGAAGAAAAGGCAUGCAUACGUGGUAAUGAUGAUCAAAGACAAAAAGAAGAUAGUCGUGGAAACCUUGGGAGAUAAACUUCCUCUAAACUGCUCUGAAUCCCGAAAUGAGGAUAUAUUCAACAGCAUGAAAAAGUCUUUUGGAAACGAACCUCGUUACAUACUUUUUGACUUCUGUUUCACCAGACCGAAUCAUACUACAGCGCAGAAGUUAGCAUUAAUCAGUUGGUGUAAUGAUGAUGUUGCAAUCGGCAAAAAGAUGAUUUACGCCAGUUCAAAAGAUGCGUUGAAGAAAUGCUUCACCGGACUGAAUAUCGAGUUCCAGUGUACAGACCCAACUGAAUUUCAACACGCAGAACUGGUGAAAGAAAUGAUCCAUAAAGACAGGGUAUAA